AUGAGGUUAUGGAAAAUAAAAGUUGACCAAAAUAAAGAAAUGCAACGUAGAAACUUUAAAGAAACAUUUUGCAGGCUAUGUCUAAGUACUAUAAGCGACACAAACUGCCAGGUAAUAGAAGAAGCCUUAAGGGACGUUCUUGGAAGUGUUCUGCCAAAUGUGAUUUUGGAGGAGACGAAUAUACAUGUAAUGUGUAAUGAAUGUUCUGUAAAAUUAUUUGCUGCCUUUAAUUUUAAAUCGAUCUGUAUGGAUACGGAUGGUAUUAUUUUUCAUUAUGUUAAUUCCAAUAAAGUGUCUACGGUUGACUUAAAAGAAGUUUAUCUGAAGGAGAACGGAAAUAUUUCCUUAACUGAUAUAUUGGAUAACCAGAGAAUUUGCCGAUUAUGUAUGCAGUUGGUAACAUACGGAUUUGUGUCAGUAAAUCAAGUGGAUGUUGACAUAAUCAACAUAUGUAUAUCACAAGUUAACUUUGGCGCUAUCUUGGAUCCCGUUAUAUGCGGAUCGUGUUGUGAUUCGCUUCACACUCAUAGCAAUUUUAUAAAAAACUGCCUUGAUGCACAGAAAAAAAAUAAUAACAUUGAUAAAGAACCUUCCAUUAAAACUGAAGAAACUGAAAUAAAGUUGGAAGAUAAUCUGGAUGUGCCGGAAAAAUAUAAUCAUUUUGAUAAACACUUUUAUAUUAAGUCUGAAAAGAUUGAAAUUAAAGUAGAGGAACAUGAUCAUUGUGGUGAUUCAUCUUCCUACAACUUAGAUAACGAAACAAUUGUCAACAAGCAAAGGUAUGCUUCUGAAGAUUUAGGAAAAAUAAAGUACAAAUGUAUGCCUCAAUGUAAGACGGGAUUUAAUGGAAAUCGUAACGACCAAAUACUAAGAAGCGAAAAAUCUGUAUGUCAGAAUUGUGACUCUUCGUUAGGUAGACUAUUGCACAACUGUGAUAAAUGUAAUUAUGAAACUAAGCUUAAAACGAACCUGAAAGGGCACGAGUUAGUGCAUAAACACUUUUCAGAUGUGAAAACAUACAAGUGUGAUACAUGUAGUUACGAAACUAAGCGUAAAAGCAAUCUGAAAAAUCAUCAGUUGUGGCACAAAGAUCCCUCAGAAAUCCAAAUGUUCAAAUGUGAUAUGUGCAGUUAUGAAACUAAAUUUAAAGGUAAUCUAAAAAAGCAUCAGUUAAAGCACAAAAAUGACUCGAAAACCCAAAUGUACAAAUGUGAUACUUGUGCUCACGAAACUAAAUAUAAAUAUGGAUUGAAACAUCACCAGUUAACACACAAAGACGGUUUGGAUGUCCGGAUCUACAAGUGCGAUACAUGUAGUUUCGAAACUAAACAUAACUAUAAUCUAAAAGUGCAUCAGUUAACGCAUAAAAAUACUUCUGAUAUUGACAUGUACAAAUGUGAUACUUGUGAUUUUGAAACUAAGUACAAGGGACAAAUAAAAGUGCAUCAGUUAACGCACAAAAAUACUUCUGAUAUUGACAUGUACAAAUGUGAUACUUGUAAUUUUCAAACCAAGUUUAAAAGCAACAUAAAAUUGCAUCAAUUAAAACACAAAGAUUCUUCAGAAAUCCAGAUGCACAAAUGUGACGUUUGUUCCUACGAAACUAAAUAUAAGAACGAUUUAAAUAAGCAUCUGUUGUCACACAAAGACGUGUUGGAAGUCGAGAUGUACAAGUGCGAUGCAUGUAGUUAUGAAACUAAAUAUAAGGGUCGCUUGAAAAUGCAUCAGUUAACGCAUAAAGACCCUUCGGAAAUCCAAAUGUACAAGUGUGAUGAAUGUAGUUUUGAGACUAAACAUAAGUAUACUCUCAAGAGGCAUCAGUUGUUGCACAAAGACCCAUCGGAAAUCAAAAUGUGGAAAUGUGAUACGUGUAGUUUUGAAACCAAGUAUAGAAGUGUUUUAAAAAAGCAUCAAUUACAAGAAAACAGGAACAAGUAG